UUUGUGAUACACUGUAUUUUUAAUUUGUCAAAUAUAUUUUUUUAAUUUAACUGGUUGAAAAACUAACUCCUUUAUAUAAAAUGCAUCAUCUCAUACAACGCGGUAAAGUAAGAUCCCAGGUCAUAAAUGUGCCUGAAGGUCUUCCCGAGUUACUAUCCGACAUAACUCGAGAAGUUCUCAGAUGUCAACCGACAACCGAAUGCUUAUGUCAAUUUAUAAUUGAUUUUCUUCAUUCUGUGAUUGUCACACGCGAUAAAGCAAGAAUUGCCAAAUCUAUAAUUGAUCGAGCUUUGCAUGUGGUCGAUAAUGUCAUAGCCGAUAUGUGCAUUUGUGAUAUACCCAAGGCCAAAGCCGAUUAUAUGUGCGAAGCAAUGGAAGAGUGUUUUCGACGCUUUUUGGCCCAGCGACGUUGUGAAAAGGGAAAAGACAAAGAGAUUAUUAAAUUCAACGAAUUCGAUAUGUUAGAUGAGUUGGUUCAAAAAUGUAAAUUUACUGAUGAUGAGUUGAAAAUUUCGAGACCAGUUAUUGAAGCUGCCUAUCAGAAAUUCGUGAAUGCCUACAUGACAGCUAAGGAUAGUACUGAGGGGACUGAUAGUUUAUAUCAAUAUUUUCGAGAACGUGAAAUAAAGCGCAUGGAAGAACGUUUACAGGCGGAUGCAGCUGUUAAAAUACAGUCCAAUUUUCGCGGCUUCUUAGCUAGAAAAUCCAUUUUCAUGGAUGAGCCCACCAGACCACCUUCUCCUAUACCCUCAGAAACUGAGCAUGACAUAAUGCAACAGGAAAUGGCAGCACGAAAAAUUCAGCAAUUCUUCCGACGUCAUAUGAGCAUUGUUAAGAAAAACGACGAAGAUGAACAGUUACAAGAUCCCUGUUCUCCAGCUUCUAAACUUUCACUUACUGCUCGGCCAGCUGAUCAACAAGAUGUCCAUCAAGAGUAACCAUAUGAAGAAACCCAAAAUGCUGAAAUUAUGGAAAAACUUAAACAUGAUGAAAAAUAUCAACAGAGUAUUAAUAUUAACGAGGAAGUUGUGACCGAAAUAGAGCCCAUAAAUGAUAAUAUAACUGAAGAGUUACAAGACGAUUAAUAUUUUUAUUAUUUUUAAAAUAUCUUUUUUAACAUUAAAAUUUUUUUAUUAGCUCAUA